AAGUGAAAUUGGUACCAGAAUUCGGUUCAUACAUCACUGCAAAACUAUGCCUAAUAACAGGAUUUUGAUUUCGCUUAGUAAAAUUUUUAAAUUACUCGAAAAUAACGAUGGAGAUACCAUUUUCAUUUUAUUUACUAGCGCGACUAAAAAAAGGUACCAUUUGCUUCGUCUGCCCCUUCUGUCUAUCAUAAACAUAAUUUUCAAAUUCUGGGUAUACAAUUAUUAGAAGUUUUUGACAAAUGAAAAACAACAUGAUUAAAUUGAUUAAAUUAAAAAAUUGAAUUUUCACAAGUUGAAAGGAAGUAAUCAGCCAAAAUACAUUAUGAAUUAUCUUAUUCAACGGGGAAAGGUUCGCAAUCAAAUGAUAAAUGUACCUCAGGGACUCCCGGAACUCUUGUCGGAUAUCACACGGGAAGUGUUGCGUUGUCAGCCAACAACGGAAUGUCUAUGCCAAUUCAUUAUCGACUACUUGCAUUCAGUAAUUGUAACAAGAGAAAAAGCCAGAGUGGCCAAAGGCAUUAUCGAUCGCGCAUUAGCCGUGGUGGAUGAAAUCAUCGCGGACAUGUGUGUUUGCGACAUCAGUAAGGAAAAGGCAGAAGAAAUGGCAAUGCAUAUGGAAGAAUGCUUCCGACGCUUCCUGAGCAGAAUGCGUUGUGAACAGCGAAAGGAUAUUGAAGUUGUGCGUUUCGAGGAGAGAGAUAUGCUCGAUGCGAUGAUAGAGCGCUGCAAGUUCACUGAGCAGGAAUUAAAAAUCUCCAAACCAAUGAUCGAAGCUGCUUAUCGCCGCUUUGUGGAUGCAUACAUGAAAGCACAUGAGGACUUUGAAGGCACCGAAGAACUAUACCAAUAUUUCAAAGAACGUGAGCAUAAACGACAGGAAGAAGAGAAGGCAAAAUUGGCUGCAACAAAAAUUCAGGCAAAUUUUAGGGGGUAUAGAGUACGAAGAAAUUUAGGCAAGCCACUGCCCAAAGAAGUUUCUCAAGAAGAGCUUGAAGAUGAAGAUCUAGAGUUAAAAACUCAAGCUGCAAUUACUAUUCAAAAAGCUUAUCGCCGUUACUUGUCUUCUGUGGAGUCUAAUAAAUCAAUCGAAAAGGACGGUGAGAUUUGUGAGCCCGGUUCGGAAGUUAAAGUUACUGCUACCGAUAUACCGGGCGAAGAUAUAACAGAACCUCAGGAGCAUAUAAUAGGUGAGGAUGUGCCUUUAGAAGCAAUUCAACCAUCUCAGCCACCUGCUGAAGUCAUCUCGGAAGUUGCACAAGAACCUGAACCAGAAGCCGAACAAGCAGCUGAACCUAUUGGCGAACCCGAGCCUGAGCCAGAACCGGAACCUACAUUGGAGGUAGAACCAGAACCAAUUUCACAGGAGCCCGAACAUUCUGAAGCUCCUCCGGACAACGGCCCAGCAGUUGAGGAGGAACCCGCAGUUGAACCGGCUGCAAAUGAAGUUGACGCUCCUGCAGAAGGCUGAAAAUUUGGAGUUUUUUAAUUGUUUGUUUAAUAAAAAAAGAUUUUAUAAUAAAUUUGUUAAAAAAAUAAUAUAUUGCGGGCCUGAAAACUCGUUAUAAAAAGAACCAUUGGAUGUAGUAAUUUUGCUAGCACAACUGCAAUUUUAGUCAUGUGGAAAGCAUAUACACACAAACAUCAAUAUGUUUUGAAGAAAUUUACUGCUUUCCUUCGCCUCUAUUUAUGGCAUGCCGGUAGCAAAGUAUAUUCAUAUGCGAUGUAAUAAAAAUCCGGUCGACUUAUUUUAUGAACCGUAUUAUUAAAUUGUCCGCAAGCACAUU